ACAUAUCAAGUAAGCAACGAAAUGAAGAAGAAUCUCCAGUCAGCCAUUAAUGUUGUGGUUUUAUCACUUGUACUUAUCUCCACGGAAUCAUCUCCGACUGUCUGCAUUAUCGGCAGCGGAAUCGGCGGCUCCUCCGUGGCGCACUUCCUGCGGAGCUAUUCAAACUCCGAAAUCGGCACAAUCAGAAUCUUCGAGCGGCACGAUGCUGUCGGAGGGCGCAUGGCAACGGUGACUAUUUCCGGCGAGACAUUCGAGGCCGGUGCCUCCAUUCUUCACCCCAAGAACUACCACGCUUUGAAUUACACUAAAUAUCUAAAUCUCUCUGUCCGACCUUCUGAAUCUGAUUCCUCAUUUGGCAUUUGGGAUGGACGCGAGUUCGUUUUCAAAACCUUCACAUCCCAAUCGAAGCUCCCUAUAUUCCAAAGCCUUGUGUCCUUCGCCAAUUCCAUCUUGUUUUUCUUUCGCUAUGGCUUCUCUCUGUUUCGCAUGAGGACCUUCGUUGAGGGCACCGUGGAUAGUUUCUUGAAGUAUUAUAAAAGUUUUGAGUCGCGGCCAGUAUUUGAGACUGUGGAAGAGAUGCUUAAAUGGUCCGGGCUUUACAAUAUGACGAAGCGAACAUUGCAGGAGGAGUUACUAGAUGCUGGUUUGUCUCCUCGACUCAUUCAAGAACUUGUCACGGUAAGAAGAAACCUCUGUUCUACGUUCUCCAUGUAUGAUUCCUUUCAUUUUAACAUGUAUCCUGUUGCUACUCCUUUUUUGCUGUGCUUGAAAUUGGCAGAGGUCAUACCACUCAUUUUCCCUCAGUCCUCUGCUACUUUGCCUAUGGUGUUUUCAAUGUAA